UCCAUUGCCUUCUGUUCUGCAAUUCUCCUACUCCCUUAUCCAUCUCUGUCGACUCCAACCUCUUAUCUGCCUGAUUUAUGAGCAAGCUUCCUAAAGCUUCAGUGCACAGAGAGAUCAUUCUCCAUUGAUGGGCUCUAAAGGAGAUGAUAUGAACCAGAAGGAGAAAGAAGAGGGGGCAUGGAAGGGACCACCCUCCUCUCCUCUUCCUCGGUUCCCCACAAAGCUGUUCCCACAGCUGUUAGGUUUCAACCCAAUUCCCUUCUUCCGUUAGAGAGCACCAAACCAAGUCCUUACAGCUAAAGCGACUCUCUUUGCUUCUUGAGAACUACCUAAACCUCUUCAGGCCAUCGACUAAGCUGUGACGGCAUGAAGAGGUCAUUUAGCUACUCGGAUUAUUUGAUCCCCACUGGAGAAAAGAGGAGCAUGUUCCGGUCGUCCAUAGACGGGCAGGAGGAGGAAGACAGUAUGGAGGAGUUAUACGGCGGUGGCGUAGAGUGCGGGGCGAAGAAGCGUCGGCUGAGCGCGGAGCAGGUGAGAGGUCUGGAGAACAGCUUUGAGAUGGAUAACAAGUUGGAACCGGAACGGAAGCUGAGGCUCGCGCAGGAGCUCGGCCUUCAGCCACGGCAGGUGGCCGUCUGGUUCCAAAAUCGCCGGGCGCGGUGGAAGACCAAGCAUCUGGAGCACGACUACGCCACCCUCAAGGCAAGCCACGACGCUCUCAGCCUCGACUGCGACGCCCUCCUCCGCGACAAGGAGUCCUUGCUUGUCGAGAUCAAGGAACUAAAGCACAAGUUGACGGAGGAGGAUCCAUUGGCAUCGGAGGCCGAGAAAAAGGCGACUUUGGCAGCGAAGGAACUUUCUCCUCCGGGGCUGGCGUGCAAGGACUGGUCGUGGGACAGCGAUUCGAGCGCUGUCCUCAAUGACGCCCUGCUCAACGACGAGGGCAGCCCGCGAGGGAUAUCGUCAUCGGCGUCGGCCACCCACACGGCGUCAGCGACAGCCAGCAUCAUCUCUUACCUCCCCGGUUCGCCGGAACCGCCUUUGCUGAACCUGGACAUGAGUACGACCAGAUCUGUUGGAGUAGGAGGAGGGAUUCAGUAUUACCAGAAUCAUCCAAUGAAGAUGGAAGAGUUCGUCGAGGGAAAGGAGUGCACAGGUUUCUUCGCCGACGAGCAAACACCAUUUCUCAACUGGUCGUACUGGAAUUAAGCUCGGUUUUAUCAUGGAAUUAAUAUAUAUAUUUUUAAAAAUAAUGGUAUUUUGGUGCUGCAA